GACUUCUGUUUGCUUACUUUGUUAUAUUUUUGCUCACAUCUUGCCGGUUUGCUCAACCACCCCCACUGAAAAAGCAACUCUUUUGUCCCUCCUGGGUCUAGAAGACCAGAACCAAUGACAGAGUGGAAAAUGUGGGUACUUCUCUUGGCCCUUCUCCUAAAGAGGGGCUGGGGAGAAAAUAAUAAGGGAAGGGGAACCUGGAGAGAAAACUCAGUCGUCAACCAUUCCAGCAUUUUGGCCUCAGGAAAUAAUCUCUCUAACUGUUGGAUCUGUCAUCCCCUCGCACAAGAGGGGGUUUCUCGGCUCCGGUUUGUGCCUGUAGAUGAGGACAUUAAUCUCAUCCUGACUUCUGAACCCAUUAGGAGCACACCGCUUCUAAUAGUGGAACUCGAAGAUCAUGAUGAUAUCGGGUGUGUAGAGCUUACAGACCCUUGGAACCAAACCCGUCUCUGGAUCAAGCGGCCCCUUCUCUGCACAGGGCAAGGAAAACCCUGUUGCCCCUGCCAGACAGAUACCUGCCUUACUGAUAUGGGAAGCUCACUCUCUAUUUAUCCUAUGUCAUUUUCCACUUCAAGCUCCUCAUGCACUCCUAACCAGACUCAUUGGUGUGUGGACCCAUCUCUGCUCUCCCCAGGGACCCAACCCAACAGCUCUUGUACGCACUGGAAGGGAACAGCAGCCCCUUCCUGGAGGCUCACCUAUCAGACCCCAUCUGCCUUCAGUAAUGAGGAGGGAAUAGAGGAAAACUCAGAACUAGAUGGAGGACCACUAGACGGAGGGCCCCUGUCCCCCAGAUGCAAUAAUGCACCUAGCUGGGGUUCCCUUUUACGUCGAUGGUUUAAUUCCACUUCACCCCGCCAGGCUUGCACCCCCGCUGGACAUCUGUUCCUCUGUGGUCCACCGCAAAAUAAACUACCCUUCGAAGGGAACCCAAAUUCCUCCUUCUCCUGGCCUCUCCGAGCAAUGGCCUAUCCAUGCUUAGACAAUGUUCACUUCCGGGGAGAAUGCACUUUGGGACGACUGGGCCCUAAAGGACAAGGUGUCACCAUAUAUAAUAAUGCCACCUCUCAAAACAGACAUAGCUGGGCACUCAGACUAAUCCUGGCAGGAAUUGGGGUGGCCAUAGGAGUGGCCGCCCCUGGGGCGUUUUUCCCUAUCACAAAACAACCUUAAGAAACCUCACACAGGCCAUAGAGAACCUGGCCUCAAAAACUGGUGAUGGGAAUUCCCUAGUGGUUAGGACUCAGUGAUUUCAUUGCUGAGGGCACAGGUUCAAUCCCUGGUCACGGAACUAAGGUCCCGAAAACCUCACUCGGCGCAGCCCAAAAAAAAAAAUGGUGAUGCCUUUAAGUGGCCUCCAGGAGUCCCUAGAUUCCUUAGACGAUGUUGUGUUUGACAAUAGGUUAACCCUGGAUUAUCUUCUGGCUGAACAAGAGGGUGUCUAUGCAGUAAUUAACAAAACUUGCAGUACAUACAGCAACAACUUGGGGGAAGUUGAACUAAGUAUUCAGGAAAUUAUGAACAAGCUAAAUGGUUACAUGGGUUCAGCUACCCCACUGCCCAAACUAUAUGGGACUCAGUUAAAGGUUACAUCCCUGGCAUUACUUGGUUCCUGCAUCUCUUGGGCCCUCUAGUGGCAGUAGUUCUUUUGUUAUUAUUCAGACCCUGC